CACUUUCUCUGUAUUGUUGUUAGCGGACUUUGCCGGAAUUUACGACUUGUCAUAAUUGCCCUCUGAUUUUCUGGUGAAAUAUAAAAAUUCGUGUGAAUGUACCCGAGUGCAAUAAAAAUAUCUGCUCGAACAAUCGGUGCUAAAAUAGAGCUGUUUCUUGGCAGAUUUUUCCGCCGCUCGCGCCUACCUCUAGCCGCAUUUUCUUAUCUCUCGGCGGCCUCGAAAUUUGCAAGUGGUUGACAAAAAUCUGCAUGAUUCAUUCAUAGCCGGCGAAAUCGGGUCGCAUAGAUUUUGGGGUUUUUACUGAUGGCCGUAAUUGCUGGUGGAAGUGUUUCGUGUUGCGCAGCAGGCGGGGCCAUUUCGCAACGUUUAUAGGGGAGAUUAGUGUAAUGACUUGUUGCAGUGGAUGGAAACAAAGAAACACAUUAGAAAUUUCAACUGAUAAAUCACAAAUCCAAUACGCCCACCGAGAGACGAUGUCAGCAUCAGGCGACGAUGGCGGAGGUUUGAGUUACGAAAAAUUUCUCGAAUGCAUUAAACAAAUUGUCCAAAUAUCGAAUGACAUUCACGACGGGUGGCAACUUCACUCCAAGGAGGGUGUGGAUACCGGCGGGUACAUUACGAAAAAAGCCAGUCAGGAACUGGAAAAGUCGUCGGAGGGGGCGAAAUUGAUCGCGCUUUUCGAAUAUCACAUAGCUUACAACAUUAAUUACGGUGUCCCAGUUUUGUGUUUCUUAGCAUGGAAACAAGAUGGUAGUUCGCUUCAAAUAGAGGAAUAUUGCGAAUACAACAAGAAGUUUUCAGAUUACGACAUUCUAAGCACAUUAACUCAAUUGGAUCAUCCAGUUUUAUGCAGACCGUUUCUUACACUGCAUCCUUGCAGAACCCGAGAUGUUUUAGAUACGUUUCAGAAUAAGAGUAAAAACCCGGUAAUAUCAUGGUUGAGUGUGAUCAGCCCGUUUCUUGAUCUCAGGCUGGAGGAAGAAUACAUUAAGGCUUGUUGAACAAUUAUUCCAAUAAAAAUGCCAGAAUUGCA